AUGGAGAAUAUAAAAACAAAAAUCAACGUUUUGAAAGGCCUGUGGGAGUCGGCACCUCAAGAACUUCGUGCGAGUACUCCGGGACUUAUCACCAACGGAACGGAUAUCAUAACCACAGCGUGUAUAUACAUCACGGAACUCCAACCCCUGCAGUCAAUAGCCAAAUAUUUAGUAAAAGACGUACAUAUCACACCCGAAAAUGCAAACACAUGGCUUAACAAUUGCACCCAUGCCACAUUUGUUGUUAAGAACAAGGAAGCCAUUUAUCAAUGCAUUACAUCGAAUGAAGAAUGUUCUGAUGCAGUCCGUCAAGGAGUGCAGGACAUGAUGGGCACUGUGACCGACAAGAUAUUGAUUGUCGCAAUUUUGUCGGCUGGCAUCUACGCUGUUAUUGAGGGCUAUACAUGCUACAACUUCUGGGGGAAAAUAAUAAAUGCCAAGAAUUUAAUAGAAGGAAACCCUGGACAUAGCGAAAUAAUUUCUAGGCUAUUGAGUGACAUACAACCUUCCUGGGAAAGGUUGGAUAAAGUAAUCGCGGACCUCAGUAGGACCGACACCAAAAGUGAUGAUUUGGAUUCCACAAAAUGUGUUGCUCUGGAAAUUAUCAAUGAAAUACGAAUCAUAGUUGAUAAAUUCUUAAAUGAAAUUAAUGACCUUCACGUUGAAGUUAACGGGAUGCGGGAGAAACUUCGACUUACGAGAAACAGUGAUUUUGAAUCGCCCACCACUGUGACCGUUUACCAGGAUCAUCUCUAUCUUAAGUUUGUUACAGUAUUCGAGGCCAAACGUCUGAGAGAUGAGACGGCAUUCAAACGGCUGAGUGUGGCGUCGGUGGCCACUGAGGUCCAGGAGUGUCACGUACAGGAACUGGAGCUCAAAAUUAGUGAACUCACGGAGGAAAUGGAUGCCAUCACCAAAUGUAUGGCCAAUUUUGCCUGUUUUCUCAAACAAAAUUCACUGACGCCUAUGAACGACCCGUUUGAGGACUACCUGCGCCAUCUGAUUGACACCGAAAGUGUCAAUGUUUUAGAAACUACUGGUGAAAAUGCGGAACCGUUGGACAGCCUACUUGAUAGGCAUAAGCGUGAGAAAUGUUUGAUUGAGGAAUUCAUGGUGGAUGGGAACGGUAACUCUGAGGGACUGUUAUGGUUAGCGGAUAUAGAUGAAAGUAUUGAUAAGGUGUGCAUGCUCAAAUGGAAUGGAAAUAUCAUCAAGGAUCAAUUAAGUAGUCAUCGUGAGUACAAAUCCAGGCAGUUUAAUGGGUAG